AUGCUUGCUCGAAUCACAACGGCCGUCAUGGCCUCUGCAAAGGCAUCAUCGUCACGAACCAUCACAACAACCGCGGCGGUAGCAGCAGCAGCAGCACCAACACGCAGCGUCAUCCCCAAACCUCAAGGCACAAUUUCUGACCCAGCCACGUUCCUCACCUCGAUCUCGCGCACACGCCGCGAUCUCGCCUCCAACUCCUCCCUCACAUCAGCGAUCGGCGAAGAGUGGUCCAACAUCUUCACCAUCCGUUCCGAUCAACUCAAACAGGCAGGCGUCACAACAAAGGACAGACGAUACUUUCUCUGGGCCAGGGAGAAGUUCCGACAGGGUGCGAAUCCGGACGUGUUUGCGAUCGAUGCAAAGCCCAAGAAGAAGGUUCGAGGGUAA